AAAUGACAAAUGUCAGUUGACAGUUCGUAUCUUCUACGUGUGUAUGUAGUUAUGUGUCACACCGUGUUGCUGUUAAGAGGGACAGGGAAACAACAUAUACAUUUCUCUGUCCGUUUCAGCUCUCGAGAGAAAAUGUCCUAAAAAGGAUAGAUUUCAUUUGCAUGUGGAAAAUUGCACGAUCGUGAGAACACAGCUUAAGACAAUGGUAACAGUAAUAAUCUAGAAUGGCAACACUGUAAAUGACAGCCGUGCACUUACUGUCAAUUUGACAUUUGUCAGACUUGCCAAAAUGACGACUGCUAUCAGCGGCUUACGUUUAAUUUUCCAAUAAACACGCAGAAUUAUUGCAAUUUCGUUGUAAUUAUUAACAUUAUUUAUAAGAAUAAAUGUUAAUUAGUCUAUAGUGCGUUGAUUUUACUAACACAACAUUAAAUAUGGAUCUCCACCGGCCCGUUGAUCCAAACAAGACUUACGAGGAACUAACAUCGGAAGAAAAACUGAGAUAUGACCAUCAAAGGCUGCAUGAGCUGCAUCGGGGACAUGAGGGCAUGCACACCACCAUGAUCCUGAUUCUCAUUGGGACCCUCAUUGUAGCACAAAUCAUAGUUGUUGAAUGGAAGAAGAGGCAUUAUAGAUCUUAUGCAUUCUUCACAAUGAUAGCGAUGUGGUGCAUACCACUCAUCAUGAGUGCUCGAAGCCACUGGUGGCGGUUCGUCAUCAUCUGGAGCAUAUUCACAUUACUAACAGGGCUUGUGAUGAGAAAGAGCUCCAUUAAACCCAUGAGCGCUACUACGCCUAGACUAGUGUACAAAUGGUUCUACCUAAUCUACAAAAUCAGCUGUUGUAUCGGCGUGAUCGGCUACGUCAUUAUGAUGCUCACGUUCCUUGGAGUCAACCUACUGUUUGGUGCUAAACCUCAGUCGUGGAUGGACGUGGGAAUGGUGCUUCUGUUCUACGGGCUGUAUUUCGGCGUGCUGGGCCGGGACGUGGCCGAAUACUGCGCGGACAAGAUGGCAGCCUCUAUCGGGUAUUACACACAAGAGGGCAUACCGACGCGGCAGCUGGAAAGCGACGUGUGUGCUGUAUGCGGCGACAAACUUCUUGUAGCUGUUAAUGAGGAAGGUGUUAUUGAGAACACAUACAAGCUGUCGUGCGGGCACGUGUUCCACGAGUUCUGCAUCCGCGGCUGGUGCAUCGUGGGCAAGAAGCAGACGUGCCCGUACUGCCGCGAGCGCGUCGACCUCAAGCGGAUGUUCACCAACCCUUGGGACCGGCCGCACCUGCUCUACGGUCAGCUACUAGAUUGGCUGCGCUGGCUCGUUGCCUGGCAGCCACUCGUCAUGUUCCUCGCUCAGGGCAUCAACUGGCUCUUCGGGUUGGAGUGAGACACCAACACUUUCUACCUCACUUUCACAUGCCUUGAUAAUUAAGCUUGCGUCGCCUUACGGUCUAUAACGUACGUUUUAUUUGAUAAAAGAUACCGCAUUGUCGGUUGUGAAUAAAGAAGACUUCUAUUUUUACGUUCAAACCUUUAUUGACAGCUGUCAAAGUGGUAACUUUUGGCUGAAAACGACACAAUUAAAUUUUUAAUUUAAACCGGCUCAUACAGAAUCACACAUAAAAUAUUGGGGACUUGUCAAAUUUUAUUUUAAUUUGUAUAAGAAUUUGUAAAUAUAAUCAUAGAGAAAUAUAAGUAAAGAAAGAGUGGAAACUCCAUACAUCAGUUUUCUUAAUAAAACGCGAGUUAUUUUGUAAACAUCAGUCUAGGGUCAAGCAAAUUUAUCAGUACUGCUAGUUGACAAUAGAUGUCACGACGAACGAAAACUAAUGCUCAACAAUUUUUGGCUAAUAUUAUAACCAGAUAAACCGGAACUCUAUUUUCAACUCCCUCUCCCUCUGCUUGUAAUAUUAGUUGUAAAUUAAUUUGGCAAUACAUUUUUCGCGACACUUAUGACAUCUAGUGUCAAUUAGCGGUACUGAUAAAUCCACUACUUAACGUUUGAUGUCGACUACGAACUAACUCGCGUUUUGGUAAGAAAAAUGAUGUAUGGAGUUUCUUUACUUAUAUUUCUCUAUGCUAUUUCACUUCAGAAAAAAUGUAUGAGCGCGGUAGAACGCCCAUAUAUUAGGAGGUAUCUAGUACAGUCUCCGCACGAGAUCUGAGGAAUCGCAGGUGAUCUUUACUUGUCGCCUACCGCAGUGGUUGCACGGCCCAGGGUAUGUGUGUUCUUUCAACCGAAAAAUGUUCGGAUCUCGUGCGCAAAUUGUACAUGUAUUGCUUUCGUUUUAUCGUAUCGUAUGACAUCGUGAUUUUACCGAACGUACGUUAUAAUGUACCGUGCAAUCUUUUUGCUGUCAAGUUUCAACCGUCGUUCAUCCUUUGGUUCUCUAUUUCUUUAUUAUUUGACCCGCUUCCCGAUUUCCGAUUGAUCUGAGAUUUUUCAUACAUAUGUAAAUCGGAUGACAAUGCAGUAUUAUGACGACAUGGAGUUGAUCUGAUGAUGGUGAUAGGAAGUGGCAAAGGGAACAGUGUGAUGAAACAACGCAUACUAAUUGUGUUAGGAGUUGUUAGAAUUGUCUCAAUGAAUGUUAGUUGUCCGUGGAAAGAAAAGUACAGUCAGCGAUCAAAGCUUGUAACAAAAAUUAUAUUUCUCCAAAAACAUUUUUAAAAGUACAAUUCGUACAGGGUAUAUUAACUUUCCUUUCUUCAGAUUUAAAAGAGUAUGGAUUUCUAUGGGAAGCUGUUCUUUAACACCGAUUUAAAUAGAACAAAGUUAGAGCGUGUCAUUAUACCUACGUCAUUAUUAUAUAAUCAGGGGGCCUACCGCGAAAAUCGAAGUUCGUCAAUUGCGGGCAUUUUUCUCUGUCACUCUAAUGAGUCUUAGAGAGAGUAAAAGAGAAAAAUCCCCGCAAUUGGCGAAUUUCGGUUUUCGCGGUAGGCCUCCUGCAGUGAUCGGCAAGGACGGUGCCACAUCGCCGGAUUCCGACUAGAAAUGAAUGGACAUGACUCAGAUGCCGCGAUUUUGUUCGGAAAAGUAAUUCUAAUGAGUAUCAUUUUAAAUAAGGGUUUUUAAAUAAGGUUUUUACUCUAAAUCCCGCAGUGUGGCACCAUUCGUACCGAUCACUGAUAAAUUAAAUAAUUAUAAAAAAUUUACAUGAAUUACGACUUUGUCACACUUUGUCGUUACAAUUGCUUUGCGGGUUAUCUUGGUCCGACUAUUAUAUUGUAUCUUCCCUACUUGUUUUAUCCAUAGGAAGAACGGUGGUUGUAACAAUUGUCUCGUUAUUUUAAUUCAAUCAAUUUCAUGUAAUUUGUAUAACUUUUGAUGGGUUUACAUGAACAGUACGCCCUAAAAUGGCCUUGUUUAUAAGCUACUCGAAUAGGAACCAUAAUUUCAAAGUUUACUAAGGGCCACGGAACCUCUGCCCAAUCAUCCAUAAGGCCGAGGACUGGACAACAGCGUGCCAGUGUGGCGGCGAGCGGCCGUUCAAGGGCAGUCACACAUUGAUCUCGAAUAAAUGUAUAAACGGCCUUGAAACGCCGCUUGUCGCUCCGCUGCCCGCUGUCGUCCAGUCCGCUGCCUAACAACCACUGGAAACCAGUUUGUUGCGUGAAUGUACCCGCUGCAGAGAAAAAGUACCACCCCUGCAUAGAAAUUUGUAUGGGGUACCUUUUCUCUGCAGCUGGCGUACACUAUACAAUUGAAUAAGUUUUCCAAUGGCUGUUACGUGAUAGGGUUCCGUCCGAUAUCGUCCGGGGAACUGGUAAUCAGACAUUCAUUUUCAUUAGACAUGCCGAGGCGUUCUUAGCAUUUCUGAGUAUGCCUAAGAACACCUGAGGGAUGCCUCGGCAUCCCCAAGUAUAUCUCGGCAUGUCUGAGGGCGCCUCGGAAAUAUGCCGAAGGAUUCCUUGCCUCCCCUCUUCCCGUGCCGUUAGUGGGCGCCGGGCCUAAAACGUACUAAACUAAACAUAGAAAGCUACUGUAAACCUAACAAAACUUUUCCUACAGUAAAAUUAGCAUUAUUAUGAAAUUUGUGAAUUAUUUAUGGAAAAUAUUAGAUUUAAUUGCUCUGCAAUCCUGCUGAUAUAUGUUAAGUACCAAUGAAGACUAGUUAUGAUUUGUUUAGAUCGCGCCAAACAUUUUGUCUGUUCCGAUAUUGGUUCGCGAAGAUGUGCCGUGUUUAUAAGGUACGGUUAAGGAAUUUAAUUUCAGUACCAUUUCGUACCUUCUCACAGUGACAAUAGUAUGAACAAAGAGUAUUUGAAAUAGAGGUGUAUUGUCAAAGACUUUGUAGCGACGUUUUUUUUUAUGGUAGAGGAGGCAAACGAGCAGACGGAUCACCUGAUGGUACGCGAUUACCGCUGCCCAUGGAUACCUGCAACACCAGAUGGGUUGCAAGUGCGUUGCCGGCCUUUAAGAUGGGAGUACGCUCUUUUCUUAAACGUAACUUUACUGCCAUCUUUCGACACAUAUUUAAAACUUUUAGAACGCCAUUUGACUUUGACCCUUAUUCUUUCACUGAUAUGUGUUCAAUUUGUUAAAUAUCAAAAAGUGGCGCCAUCUAAUAGAUUUAAUGCCAAAGGACAGCAUCGUUUCGAGCGAUGGCGCCAUAACCUUUAGGUAGUGCCCAGUAAGAUGUUAAUCAUGUGUCGAAAAAUGGCAGUAAAUUUACGUGGCUACAAAGAUUUCUUUGACAAUACACCUCUAUGUCAAAUUCCGGAUCGCUUUGUUUGGCAUAAUUAUUGAAAGUCCUAAUGUAAUGAUAGUCAUAUUAUCAUUAGUCAUAACUCUGAAACCGUUGACUUUUCAGGAAUUUCCUUAGGUUAUCCUAUAGGUUAGGUUUUUUUUAUGGCAAUCCUGAAAAGUUACGCGUUUCUGAGAAAAAACGAUUGAUGGCUAACGAAAAUGCGGACAAACAAUACAUUAUGACUUAAAACUUUAUCGGGAAACAAUAGACCCUUCAAAUUCUCUUUGGUAUGAGGUCCCUAGCGACUGUUACAUUGAUUGUCACUGACAAGGUACGAAAUGAUACUGAAAUUAUAUUCUUUGACAUGUUAUUUUGUCUGCUCCAUCAUGGACACUGUUAACUGCCAAUUAAUAAACCUUAUUGCAAAGAUAUAAGGUCUGUUGUCGGUCAAUUAGGAGUGUUGCUCUUAUAACGGUCAAGGAAUUUAAUUUCAGUACCAUUUCGAACCUUCUCACAGUUAGCAUGAGGUCUCUUGCGAAUUUCAUAUUGGUUGUCACCGUGACAAAGUUCGAAAUAAUACGGAAAUUAAAUUCUUGAACUGUACAGUUUUCUGUAAAGUCGCUAUCAGAUAUAUCGGAUAAGGUGCUCACAAAUAUCUGAACACGCCUUUAUUGACAAGGCGCUAGAGUGCGUGUUCAGAUUUUUUUGAGCACUUUGAUCGCUCCGCUAUAUUUGGCGACUGUACAUUACAUAUUGCUGCUACGAAUUGUACGGUCUAACCCCCUUAUUCAUAAACGUGUACUAAAG